CAUAAGGUGUAGGUAAUGGUAACAAUUAAUACCGAACAUCGUUUUUGUGUCGUUCAGUGAUCAUAACAAAAGAAGAAAUACCACCCAGGUUAGCGAUCGCUCCCGGAAUAUCCUUUAAACAAACGGGUCGAUAUAGUGACUUGUCUUCAAAUUGGUUGGGCAAAAACAAAUCAAUUUCGGUUAUUAUUCUUCGCGAUUUUAUGUCUAUUAUUUUGUUGACCCAUGAGCAGUAAACACAUCUGGACGUCUUAGACCUUUUCUUGUUAGUUAAACGUCUUGGGGGAAGUAGUACGAUGAACGAGUCAAGUUAUCAAGUUUAUGUUGGAGGCGACGACGCUUUUUUGCCAUUUUUCCUGAUUGUUGGAAUCCUUCUGGCAGUUGCCGCAAACCUCACACUCCUUGUGGCGCUACUGAAAAUUCAAGAUCUGGAAUUUUACUCUUUUAUCAAACUGAUGUGUUACUUGGACCUUGUCGCAGCGGUUACUGUAUUUCCAAUGGCACUGACAGUUUCCGCGAAUCACGGAGUCCUGAAUAAUCCUGUUUUUUGCAACAUAUAUGGGAUUCUCACAGCGUUUCUGAACCGUGCGUCAAUGCUGAAUGUGUGUGCGAUAAACGUUGAAAGAUAUUAUUUUAUUUCCCGUCCCAUGCACUACAAUCAUGCGAUGCCAAGCAGUUUAUCAACAGCUAUAAAUUGUGGAUUGAUGGGACUAUCUCUGCUGGUGGCCCUAGGCCCUAUAGUGGUUUCAUUGUGGACCAACGUGGAUGCCUACAAACCUUUGUCUUAUGCACCGCUCUGCGCCAGCAUCCCUACAACGGCGAUACUGGUAGUAUUGGGAUAUGUUGACGUUAUUGUUUCAUUCUUUAUACCUUGGUGCAUCAUACUUGCCGUCAGUGUUGGUAUGUUGAAUAUAGGCCUGCAAAAUCAUUCACCCGUCUGUACAACCCAUCAAAUGCCGGCCAAUUGCACGACCGAGUAAGUUUUAAAAUCAUAUUCGAAUAGGAUUAUCUAACAAUUUUUAGCAAGUUUACAUUUUUUAAAAG